UUAUCCAGUUGAGAGGUACACGUUUUCUGCGCUGGAGGGCGCCAGUGGACGGGUUCCAUUUAAACGUCGGCUGACGGCUGACUGCUCUCCGAGGACCGAUAGAGCUCCGAUAUUGCGAAGUUCUACUACGUUGGAACGUGGCGAACGUAACCAAGCGCGAGGCUGAAACUGCAGCCUGCUGGCGAGGGCGACACGAUUGUAACGCGCGCAAUUUUUGUAUUGUCAGUCCGACCGCGAUGUAAGAAAAAAAAAAGAGAGCGGAACGACAUGCGUCGCUCAGCCUCAGUGAAGAUCUACGAAGAUGCGUCCCCGAGAGUUUUGACGAGCGGACAUGGGGGGAUAGGAGAUAGGAGGCGUGCCGAUUGACAGGAGUUAUACAUAUGACUUGUCAUCCACGUUCACCGUGUUCACGUGCAACAACAACAACAACAACAACAACAACAACAACAACAACGACGACGACGACGAUUACGAUAUAGGGCUUCUCUUGAGGCAUGCCGCGAUGUGCGCCGCGUCGACGUAGAGUAACGCACGUUAUUUUGCAUCCCGACCGCGCCGAGGCCGCACCGAGAUCAUCAUGACGCCGCAACUGGCGCGGGAGAAGCACGUCAAGUACUUCCAGAGGUUGCUGCAGGUCAUGCCGAGCAGCCUGGCGGACUUCGACUCCACCAGGCCGAUGAUAGCGUACUUCGCGUUCUCCGGCCUGGAUCUGCUCAACUCGCUGGACGAGAUCGGUGAGCGGGCGAAGUCGGAGGCGAUCGACUGGGUGUACCGGCUCCAGGUCGAGGGCGCCGGCCCGCGCUCCGGCUUCCAGGCGUCCACGACGAUACCGAGGGACAUACCCGAGUACCAGUGCGGCCACCUGGCGAUGACCUACACCAGCCUGGUGACCCUCCUGAUCCUCGGCGACGAUCUCAGCCGCGUGGACAGGCAGUCCGUCGUCGAGGGCGUCCGGGCCUGCCAGAAUCCCGACGGGUCCUUCACGGCCAUGGUCACGGGAUGCGAGAGCGACAUGAGAUUCCUCUACUGCGCCUCCUGCGUCUCUGCGAUUCUGGACAAUUGGUCGGGCGUGGAUGUCCCAAGGGCCAUCGACUACAUCUUACGAAGCAUUUCGUACGACGGCGGUAUCGGGCAAGGACCGGGUCUCGAGUCCCACGGAGGCUCCACGUUCUGCGCCGUGGCGAGUCUGUUUCUGAUGAGGGAGCGUAUUAACGUAUCGGACAUAUUGACGCGGGAUCGUUUAGCUCGGUUAAAGCGUUGGUGCCUUAUGAGACAGGACGGCGGAUUUAACGGGAGGCCUGGCAAACCGUCCGACACGUGUUACAGCUUCUGGGUUGGCGCUACGCUCGAGCUGCUGGAGUUCCUCAAUUUCUCAGACGCCGAGCAGAACAAAACGUUUAUCCUCAACACGCAGGACACGCUCGUCGGUGGACUGGCGAAGUUUGAUAAUAUUCGGCCUGAUCCUCUGCACACAUAUUUAGGUUUGUGUGGCUUAAGUCUCUUGAGACAGCCUGGUCUGUGUUCGAUAAAUCCCGAGCUCAAUAUUUCCCAACGAGCUUACGAGCACUUGCAGCGGAUUCAUAAAAAGUGGCGGAGCGAAUGACUUAAGUGCAUCAGCAUUCAAGGGACUAGUGAUCAUAUCAGAAAACGCACAGUACUUACUAAUAUCAGAUCAGACACUUUCACGUUCGAUCGUAAUCCCUCGUUCGCAUUUCAUCGCAUUUUCUCUGUGCUAAAAUUCGCAUUCUAAAGAUGUCAAUUAAUACUGCUACAAUAAUCACGACAUGGACAGUAAUGGUUUAUUUUAUUUGGGACUGUUUGUUGAAUGCUUGUUAUAAAUAUAUGUAUUAAAUUAUAGAUAUACAUUGAU